AUGGCCCUACCGCUUCGGGGAGGCAGCGAGUCCCAGCACAAGGUGAACAAUAUGCCCCAGCGUAGCCACCAGCACCUGGCUGCCUACUAUUCGUCCUUCCCCGGUUGCAGUCACUAUAGGAACCUCGCCACUACCGAGGAUUUUCAAACUUUCGGGAAGCUGGCGGCUGCAAUGCCGGCUUCCCAGGCGAUGGCCCCUCUCAAUGCUUUUCGGAUGGCUACUCCCUUGCUGAACCCUGGUCUGGCUGUGCAGAGCGAGCCACUCUACAAUCUGCCCUGGUACAACAAGUCACCAUGGUACACAACUCCUCACUUUACUCCCGAGGUACCACGAUUUCUAGACAGCCCCGAGUACUCGAGCAGCACUUCCAGCAGCCAAGAUUUGGUCCCCUUUGGGGGCCAAAGCAACAGAAGCCAGUGGCGCGGAGCUGAAAAUUUACUUCUGCCACCCCCGGUCAAUUCUUCCCUCUUACCUGAUGGACUGAAGACCCCCCAGUCCGUAUUGGUCCCUCAAACCCUGAACCGAGAAGGGGAGCUAACGCUUCCUAAAUUCAACUUCAGUGAGGAGGAACUGCACUUCGUUCUGUAUGGGGUCAUCUCUAGUCCGGGGCACCCAGCUGGCAUACACCAUGCAAUUUCAGGCAUCCUGAUCCCUCCAGACAGCUCUGGGUCUAACUGUCUUCCUAAAAUCCUGGAUAAAGACUCCCUUCAGCUUCCGGAAGGUCUCUGCCUCAUGCAGACAGAAUUUGGUGAUGUCCCACACUUUGGCGUGUUCUGUAGUAACUUCAUUGCUGAAGGAGUGAGAUUUGGACCCUUUCAAGGGAAAGUGGUAAAUGCCAGCGAAGUUAAGACACACAGGGACAACUCUAGGAUGUGGGAGAUCUUUGAAGAUGGCAACCUGAGCCAUUUUGUCGAUGGAAAAGGUUCUGGGAACUGGAUGUCCUAUGUCAAUUGUGCGCGCUUCCCCAAGGAGCAGAACCUGGUUGCAGUCCAGCAUCAAGGGCAGAUAUUUUAUGAGAGCUGCAGGGAGAUCCACCAGAACCAGGAGCUGCUUGUGUGGUAUGGAAAGUGCUAUGAGAAAUUUCUGGAAAUUCCCAUGAGCCUACAGGUCACUGAGCAAGGCAAGCAGCUGUCUGAGCCCUCUGAGGAGUCUGCCGAAGGUUAUAGAUGUGAACGCUGUGGAAAGGUAUUUACCUACAAAUACUACAGAGAUAAGCACCUCAAGUACACUCCCUGUGUGGACAAGGGGGACAGGAAGUUUCCAUGCUCUUUCUGCCAAAGAUCCUUUGAGAAGAGGGACCGACUGCGGAUCCACAUCCUACAUGUCCAUGAGAGGCACCGGCCCUACCUGUGUUCAACAUGUGGAAAAAGUUUCUCUCAGUCCUCUAGCCUGAACAAGCACAUGAGAGUCCACUCUGGAGACAGGCCAUACCAGUGUGUGUAUUGUACAAAGAAGUUCACUGCUUCCAGCAUACUGCGCACACACAUCAGACAGCACUCCGGCGAGAAGCCUUUCAAGUGCAAGCACUGUGGUAAGCCUUUUGCGUCCCACGCUGCUCACGACAGCCAUGUUCGGCGCUCACACAAGGAGGAUGACCGUGCCACCUGCAGUAUUUGUGGGAAAGGCUUCCUGAAUCAAGAAGAUUUCCGUGCCCACAUGAAGUUCCAUAAAGACCCGGAGAGCAGAGCCAAGUGA